AUGAUGAUGAUGCCUAAUGAAUAUGUUUUCUUUUUUCUUUUCUUUUCUUUUUUGAUUUUGGGGAUUGAAGAAAGUCAUAGUACCUGCACACAACGAUUCUUUUUUACAUACACACACCGCAGUAAAUAUCUCAUUUAUUGCAUAAACACUCGUAAAUAUUUAUUUAGAAAUAUACAUACGUAUUUAUUUGUUUUCCACUGGGGACGGGGAAGUGGGAAAAAAAGCAAAAAAAAAAAAAAAAAAAAAAUGUUUUUGAAGCUUUUCAAAAGGGACAAGAAGGAGAAGGACGAAGAGCGUUCGGGCGAAAAAGCCAGCGAGAAGAAGGUUGGUAACAAUAACCAUAUGGAUAAAAAGGCACCACCGCAGGAAAAAGUGACAAAGGAUGACUUUGAGAGUCUGGAUGUACUUGGGAAAGGUUCUUUUGCGUACGUAGUCCUUGUGCGUCGCAUAGGCACGAACGAAUAUUACGCCAUGAAAGUAGUGAACAAACAAGGACUACUCGAUCACAAUCGUUAUCGCGAUGUAUUUGUUGAACGCAAUGUAUUGUCACGUACCAAUCACCCAUAUCUUUUGAAGCUUUACUGGACCUUUCAGUCGGAGCAUAAGUUGUUUUUUGUGAUGGAAUAUAUGCCAGGAGGCGAUUUAGACAAAUAUAUGAACAACCUUCCUUCAAAACAGGUUGAUCUUUUUACAGCAAAGCUUUACGCGGCUGAAAUUCUUCUUGCAUUAUUAUUUCUGCAUGAACACAGUGUCAUUUAUCGUGAUUUGAAGCCGGAGAACAUACUUUUAACAGGGGAUGGACAUUGUGUUUUGGCUGACUUUGGUCUUUCGAAGGAUUUUUAUAACCCAAAGGAGGGUGGGGAUGCAUCUACGAAAGAUAUGCGGGCAAAUUCUUUUGUUGGUUCGCCGUUUUAUGUUGCGCCGGAUGUACUCAAACAAAAUGAGUACACAAACGCGGUAGAUUUUUGGUCGUUUGGCAUCUUAUUGUACCGCAUGCUUUGUGGACGUACACCCUUCAAUGGAAAGAGCAUGAGGGAGGUCUUUGACAACAUUCUUUACUCGGACCUCCGUUUCCCCAGCAGCGUGCAACUUCCAUCGGAGGCGAAGGACCUGAUCAGCCGACUUCUCAUAAAGGACGCCAACCGCCGCAUCAAGGGCCCGGAGAUCAAAGCACAUCUUUUUUGGACAGGCAUCAACUUUGACGAGGUGAUGGAGAGGAAGGUGAAGCCGCCAAAGUGGGUGCCAAUCCCAUCGCCAGAGCAAGUGAUGGCAGAGCGGGCGAAGGCGGAGGGCGCAUCCACCUCGGCCAAGAAUCCCGGGCAACUUGUCAAUACGCCUGCGCAGUCGUCACAACUGAACUCGCGGCAGCAGCAGCUUUUCACGGGGUUUUCAUGCACAGCGGAUAACCACUUGAAUAAAAAUUAG